AUGACAGUUGAAAUUUGCGUCGAUUUUUGCAAAGGUAAUGGGUAUAAAUAUGCUGGAUUGGAGUAUUAUGGCGAGUGCUUUUGCGGUGCCUCUGUUGGUGGCCCACAAACUGCAGAGUCAAAUUGUUCAUUCCCAUGCACUGGAAAUAAGAAUGAAUCUUGUGGAGGCUAUGAUAUCCUCUCUGUAUAUCAAGAUACCACAUUCCCCACAGUCGAUACCACUACCAUUUCAGAUUACUCACCAAUGGGUUGUUAUUCUGAUCUUGGACCCAACGGUCGCACCCUCGCUUGGAAACAAGACCAAAUUCCCAAUGCCGAUUUGACAAUUGAAGCCUGUCUUCAUGCAUGUAAAGAAGGGGGAUAUGCAUUCGCAGGAGUUGAAUACUCACAAGAAUGCUAUUGUGGUGUAGUUCUUGGUAAUGGAACUAUCAAAGUAGACGAGUCAAAUUGUCAAAUGACAUGCAAUGGGAACACGACAGAAUUAUGCGGCGGCGCUGCUAAUAUUUACCUAUACAUCGCGGAAGAUUUGUUAUCGACGGAUCCUUGCAAUGGUAAUCCAGGUGGUCCAGUAGUAUCAUCUUUUUCAACGAGUUCUUAUUCAUCUACUUCGACUUCUGCUUCUUCCCCGGCUUCUUCAACUAUUCAAACGACGAUUACUUCGACGUUGAGUUCAUCCAGUUCGAGCUAUUCUUCUUCUUCUUCGUCGAGUGAUACUAUUUCAACUGCGGCCGCUUCAACUACAUAUUACUCGCCACCACCAUAUUCACCUCCACCUUAUACGCCGCCUCCCUAUUCUUCGGCUCCGGCAUCUUCUUCGCCAUAUUCCUCAGCCCCUGUCUCAUCUUCCUCGUCAUAUUCCUCACCUCCAACUACAUCUUCCUCGUCAUAUUCUUCAGCUCCUGUCUCCUCAGCUCCCACAUCAUCUUCUUCUUAUCCAUCAGCUCCUGCUUCAUCUUCCUCUUCAUAUUCCUCAUCUCCAGCCUCUUCCUCAUCUUCUUAUUCCUCACCGCCAACUACAUCUUCCUCUUCUUACUCAUCAGCUCCGGCCUCAUCCUCAUCCUCCUAUCCAUCAGCUCCGGUCUCAUCGGCUCCAGUUUCAUCGUCUUCAUAUUCCUCAUCUCCAGCCUCUUCCUCAUCUUCUUAUUCCUCACCGCCAACUACAUCUUCCUCUUCUUAUUCAUCAGCUCCUGCCUCAUCCUCAUCCUCCUAUCCAUCAGCUCCGGUCUCAUCGGCUCCAGUUUCAUCGUCUUCAUACUCAUCAGCUCCCACUUCAUCCUCUUUGUCUUAUUCCCCAGCUCCUGCGUCAUCUUCCUCUUCAUAUUCCUCACCACCAGCUACAUCUUCCUCUUCUUACUCAUCAGCUCCGGCCUCCUCUUCCCCUUCAUAUUCAUCGGCUCCAGUUUCAUCGUCGUCCUCCUAUUCCCCACCUCCUGCCUCAUCUUCCUCCUACUCAUCAGCUCCCGGUCUCGUCCUUCUUCUUCGCAUUCCUCAGCUCCCACUUCAUCAGCCCCAGCCUCAUCAUCGGCCUUAA